CGGAGUUUUGCCCGACAUAAUCCGGGCUGUCGUGUCGUGAAGUAAAAUGGCGGAUGGGACACAACUGUAGUAAGGUCAAAUACACAUAACAGCCCGCAGACCACAUUGGGGGUUAUCAGACGAUAUCAAGAACAUAGAAACUCAAGCAUAAUGGAAGAAGCCCUGGCGUCCGUACCGAUACCCCACACCGUCACGGUGACUAUAGAUGCAUGCCAGCAGAUCGUCACCCCACCCAUACAAGUACAGCUCCCUUGUGAAGUGUGCGGAAAAACAUUUGGCAAAAAGUUCCAGCUCAACCGCCACAUGAAACUACACACGGACGACAAGCCACACAAAUGUGAUUUCUGUGACAAAGCUUUUUUCUACGCGAGCAACCUCAACCAACACCGACGUUCACACACAGGUGAGAAGCCCUACAACUGUGGAGAAUGUGGGAAAAGGUUCGCCAAACUCAGCGGUCUGAAGAAUCAUAUUUUCACCCACACUGGUCAGAUGGCCAGUGGAAGCGGUCAAGGGAAUGUACCAAAGAAAGAAUUCACCUGUAACGUGUGUGGAAGGUCAUUUCCGCAGAAAUACCAAAUGAAGCGCCACCUUGACAUGCACAUGGCAGGGAGGUCAGAGAGGUCGUAUAAGUGUCGUGUGUGUGGAGACGUAGCUCCAAACUAUCACGCUUUCAUUGCACAUACAAACGUUCAUCUGGUGCCACCGAGCGCCAACCCUGCGAGGAAGGAAGGAAAGUGGUGCUCCAUCUGUGAGAGGAAUAUUUCCGAUUCUGAACUCGUGGACAAUAAAUGUGAAACAUGUGGCAAGAAAAAAAUCACGAAUGUAACAUGGAAGACUGUUUAAGUCGAGACUCGCAUCGGAACUGAAACAGUCCGAUCAAAGCAUGGCUUGUUGAAUAUUUGCAGGGAGAACGCCUGUAAUUGAUUCAUUCCUCAGGUGAUUUUGAUGGAAGCAUUCUUUAUGUGAAAUUUAGAAACUGUAUUCACUCUAUUUAAUGCCCAGGAAUCUGUUAAAUUUGCAGAAGCCAUUGACCCAAUAUCUGUUCUGUUUAAUGCUGACACAGUGCAACUCACUAUCUUACCAAAUCUCGUAUUCUACUGUCACACAAGGGGAAAACGUCAUAGUUCCGUGAGGGGAGUAAUCACUGCAUGCUGUGAGUCAAUGUGAUAGGGGUUAGGUCUAUCAAAUGAUGGACCUGGCUUCUAAAAGAGAAAAGUUGAAACUUUCAACGCAAGAUUUUCUGUAGUCAAGACAUCAGAUUUUGAGUGUCUGAAUAAUCAUUCAGUCCAACAGAUACACAGAGAAAUACAUAUGAUGAAUUCUGAUCACAGUGGUGAUAGCAUAGUAUGAUGGAAGUGUUACUAUGGUUACUGAGUGAAUAUCUGAACUCUGCAUCGGAAGUGUAGUACUCAUUUAUACGUACAGAAGUAUUGUAGUGCGGAAUAUUUCGAAUGGAGUCUUUCAACAGUGUUUCUAAUUUUCCAUAUGGCACAUGUACAAAUAUUUAUAUAUAUUUAUAUAUAUAUAUAUAUAUAUAGGGGUGAAACGAUACAUCGGUGCACCGCUGCGCGAUACUUUUAGUUUCUGUAUCAAUACAAGACACUUGCUCAAAUAGAUUACUUACCUGCUUACUACUCGUGUAAUGUCACUCUUCCCUAGCUUUUUUGUUUGCCAGAUAUUGCAAAAUGUGUUGUUAUUAGCACUUCAAGUUCACUAACCGCUAACAGAAAUAGCUGCUAUGAACAUGUGUCUACAGCUAGCUUUACAUUUUGAACCAGCUCUGAAAUAUUAAAAGUCAAGAAGUUUCCAAGCGAUUUGACGUAAAUAUGGGUAUCGCGAUACGUAUCGUACCGUGACCUAUGUAUCGUGGUACUAUUAUAUCAUGACCUUGCUGCAUCGUUUCACCCUAAUAUGAUAUACUUGUGUGAAACACAAAAGAAGAAGAAUGUAGUACAACCAAUGAAAUAAUUACCGAAUCUUGAUAAUCACUGAGUGUCCAAAACUUCUUCAAUACAGGGAUGAGAAUUUUCCUCAGAUUUUGUUGUGUCAAGGGUAACUUUCAUUAUACAUGCCAUUAGUGAUUACAGUGUACGCCUGUACGGCAUCAUAUUCCCUUGAUCCCUGACCAACUUUUCAGAUUUUUUGGUUAUAUAAGAAAUACAUUCUUAUCUCUGACAGAUACUGUUGUCCUAAUUACUAUUUGCAUAGUACUAUGAGGUUUGACGUAAGGUAUAAAUUUGUUAUAAAUGGUAUUUUCGAUUUAUCAACUCAAAAAUGUGAUAUGUCGAUAUAAUAAAAUUGUUCUUUUUGUACAGAGCUGCAAUUAAUCGGUUUAAUGCUAAACAUGAACUUAAUUAUAUGUUUAAAUUGAAUUUUCUGCCUUUUCAUUGUUCAUCCUUAUCAUGGUGAUAUUAGAUGUAAACACUCCAGUGGCAGUGAGUUUUCAAUUUAGUAUUGCUAUUCAUCAAUUGUAUCGAUUUGAUACAGUAUCAACAUUUAAAUAUAUAUAUCAAUGAUGAUACACCAUGAAAAAUUGAUGACAGACUGUGGACUUGAAGUGAUCAGGUGACUAUGAGGCAUUAUUUGAUAUUUUAGAAACAAUAAACAAUAUCAUUUGUU